AUGGCAGAUCCAAAUCUCUACAAGUACGAAUCUCCUCUAAAGGGCUAUGAAGGCCUUGAGGCACUACCAGACGAGAAGGCUGCAGACGGGAAGUCGUAUCUGAAUCCACCAGCCGAGAUGAUAAGCGAAGCGUAUAAGUCUUUCGUAGCUCCUCUAGACAACGGCAUACGAGGGGGCUUUGACGCCCACAUUUACUUUCUCCAGUCCGAUAACGAAGAGGUCAAAUUCGCCAACGAGCUGUGGGAACGCAUACGUCGCGAAUUCCCUGAGCUGCGCAUCUAUCGAGUAUGGGAUCGACCUAUUGGCCCUCAUCCUGUUGCCAUGUUUGAGGUUAACAUAUUCACGCCCGAACAAUUUGGUGCUUUCAUUCCCUGGCUUGUCAUCAACAGGGGGCCUUUGUCUGUUCUGGUCCAUCCUAAUACUGAUGACGAGUUGAGAGACCACACCCAAAGAGCGAUGUGGCUGGGACAACCACUGCCUCUGAGCACAAAGUCAUUCAGAGAGAAAGAUGAGAAAUUAUAG